GUCUCGUUAGCCCCCGCGCUCAGAGCCGUUCGAUGGAGGAGGCGGUAGCCAUGUUGUAGCGGUGAGAAGAGCACAAGCCCGAUAAAGUAGGAGCAGACUCGGUACUGUUAGCCCCACGGCCCGGAGGACCCGUCCGUUCUGAUCCCGGUCCGGACCCCAGAAGACACCAUGAGCGGCGGGACGCCCUACCUGGGCAGCAAGAUCAGCCUGGUGUCGAAGGCCGCGAUCCGCUACGAAGGCAUCCUGUACACCAUCGACACCGAGAACUCCACCGUCGCCCUGGCUAAAGUGCGCUCCUUUGGGACAGAGGACCGGCCCACCGACAGGCCCAUCCCCCCUCGAGAUGACACCUUCGAGUACAUCAUCUUCAGAGGCAGCGACAUCAAGGACCUGACUGUGUGUGAGCCGCCCAAACCAACAUGCUCCCUCCCUCAGGACCCCGCUAUCGUCCAGUCGUCCAUGAGCUCCAGCUCCUCGUCUUCUGCCGCCGCCCCGACCUCGUUCCAGUCCGCCGGUUCCUACGGCCUCUUCAACCGGGCUCCAGUUCCUGCCUACAACCAGUUCAGCGCCAGUCCCCUGGUUUCCCCUCAGUUUGGACCAGUUGGUGUUGGCCGCAGCAGCCCCAGCCUGGACCCUCUGAGGAAGAGCCCCACCCUGGAGCAGGUGAUCCAAACUGCCCCGUCAGCGCCGACCGCCGCCACCACCACCACUCCGGCCCCCGGCCUGGGACGCAGGAGCCCCACCCAGGGUCGCACAGCCCCCUCUGGCGCCGGUCAGGGUGGCCAGAAGAUCCAGCACCAGGAUGUCGCGGACACAAGGAGGGGUGAGACUGUCAGGGGAGGCCGCAGCAGCCAGGGCUGGUCUGCACCCCGAACCAUCUCCGCCUCUCACCUCAGUGCUGUAGAUAGGGCUCCCACUGCAGGGCUUACCCACUCUAUCUUUAGCCACGCAGGCACGGACGUCCCGAAAGUCCCCAAACCAGAGUCUGAGCAGGCGCGAGCUGAAGUCAGGGAUACCAGUAAACGUUCCACAGUGGCUGCAGGCGCUCAGGCUAACCGGCGUGGGCGAGGGGGCGGACAUCGUGGCCGAGGACGCUUCAAUGUUCGCCGAGACGGACCCAUGAAGUUUGAGAAAGACUUUGACUUUGAGAGCGCCAACGCCCAGUUCAACAAGGAGGAGAUCGACAGAGAGUUUCAGAGCAAGCUGAAGCUGAAAGAUGAGAAGACGGAGAAAGCGGAGAAAGCGGUGAACGGAGAGGAAAAGGCCGACUCUGGUGUGGAAACCCAGAACAGCGAGAGCAACGCAGACGAGGAGGGCGACCCGCUCGGCCCCAACUGCUACUACGACAAGUCCAAGUCCUUCUUCGACAACAUCUCCUGUGACGACACCAGGAAAGCAAAUGAAAAGUCUGGAGGCUCUGUUUUCCCAAGGGAGCGAAGGCAGACCUGGGCGGAGGAGAGGAGGAUGAACGCCGAGACGUUCGGCAUCCCUCUUCGUCAGGGUCGAGGACGCGGAGGGUACCGCGGACGUGGCGGUAUGGGCUUCCGCGGAGGUCGGGGUCGUUCGGCCAGCCGAGGGUCCUUCGGGCCGCCACAGGGAGCCGGCGGCUUCAGGGGCGGAUACAGAGGAAACCAGGCUGGUCGGGAGUUCGCCGACUUAUCAGCAUACAGGAAGGACAACAAAGUGGCUGCGUAGUCUCAGUGGGAGGUGGAACUUCUUCACGCUUCCAUGGAUAAAACAUAGUUUGGGUUGCUAUUUUGUUGACUAAAAUAAUGAAGAUUGUCUACUAGUUGUAUAUUUGUCACCAGCACUGGGGUAGACUGCUUGAAUACAACGAUGGAAACAACAACAACAACAACAACAACGCAGUUUAUCGGGGGAAAAAAGAAAAAAAAAAAACAUUUUAAAAAGUCCAAAUCUCUUCAAAGUAAUUUCCAGGUGGCUGAAUUAAUUAUAUAUAAAUGUCGUCAUAUUUCAGAGGGGUGUUUUUUGUUUUACGAUGAAUGAUCUUCCCGGCUUCUUUCCUGAAACCUGUCUUUGAUAUUUUGUUAGCUGUCGAAGGUCCUCACUGACGUAGCUUUACUGGGGGGGGGGGUAACGUAAGUUCAGCACCAAACAGAGUCUCAGUCACACCUUUCUAACAUGUAUUUUUCUACUAUUACAUAGACUUCCUGCUGUUAUGUAGUCAGCCCGCUCACUAUCACGUCUGUCCCUCACAGAUUCACCUAAAACCGCUUUUCUGUUUCUGUCCACCUUUAAGUGUUUCGUUAACGGUGUAAAGACUCUUCACUCAGUGUUGUAGUGUAGGGAGCUGGUGGUAGACGUGUGUACUCGGCUGGUUUUCGUGGUAGUUUUUACUCUCAGUCCACGAGCUAACGUCGGAGGUCAUAGGUCAAAUAUUUGUACUUCUUUUCCUGUGAUUAACUUCAUUCAUGAGUCGCUGGUACUUACAGGUGCUGCAGUUAGUUAGAAAAAGGCUUAAAAUCUAUCUGAACUCGCUUUAAGCUUCCUCGCUGAUGGGUACGGAAGAUUUACAAUUCCUAAAGUAAAACAAAUUGAGUGAAAUGCAAUACACAGUUUUGUAUGUUUCCUUUUUAUGUAUGCAUUGACUCAUAAUUUAAUGUAUGUUUAAAUUAUGUAGUGUCUUUAAUAAAUUAGUUUUUCACAUUAAAAUAAAAUCACAACACAGAAACCUAAAUAAAGAGGUGUCAUAUAGCCCUAAUAUAUAUAUUAUAUUUAAACAAUAUUUGUGUUGUAUAUAUUUCACACAUACAAAUAGACAAUAAUAAUUACAAUGAAAUAUAUACUCGUGGUUUUCACAAUAAAGGAAAAUAACUUUUUACAUAUUUAACAAAUGAGAACAAAGAAAGUGUAGAAAUGUAGAAAAACAAUUAUAAAAUAACCACCUCAACAGAACGCUAUAGUUAGCUAGCUAAUCUACAUGAAUCGUUAACCAGCUGGUUACGUCUGAUCCAUGAUGUUAAAAUACGAAAUGGAUGCUAAUUAGCUGGCUAACGAUUAAUGGAGAUUACCUAACUAGUUAGCUAGCAUUUAGCUAACAUUAGCUGAGAUUGUACAGUGAAAUAAUCCAUCUUCACUUCAUUUUAUGUUUUUAUUUGGAAAAUUAACAUCACAAAGAAAAACAAGUUUCAGUUGUUAAAGACAAAGUUAAUAAUUAUCCUUUUAACAUUAUUGAAUUAUGACACUAAGAACAUAAAAUAACUUGUUUUCACUUUAUUUCGGAGCAGGAUUUGUUUUAAUUGAGGCAUUAUAAAUCUUCCGUAGUGUUUUUACUCACUCGUAUGUUCUUUGUCGGGCUGCUUCAUGAGACACACUAAUUUAUAUUUCUCUGCAUCUUUGGACCUUAAACACAUUUAAUCCAGCUGUUACAGAGAAUCUGUCGCUCGGCACUGCCCGGUGGUCGGCAGCCCGCUAACGCCACAGGAAGUGAUGUCAACUAUAAAUACACAAUAAGACUAGAAAAACCAGCUGGCUGUCUGCGUUUAGUUUUCUAGCAAUAUUCAGAUUAUGGUUGAGGUUAUGGAGGAUCUGACAUGAUUUAAGUACUUCAGGAAACGUUUUUGGAACUUUUGGAAACCUGAUAAAAGAUUUUCUGUCCUGAGGUUCAUUGAAGACUCACAGUAACACUAGUUACUAGUUAAACUAGUUAAACUAGUUAAUCAUCAGUCUUUCACAUAUUCUGGGUUCGUUUUCAUCAGAGAAAAGUAUGAAAAUGUUCUUUCCAGCUAAUUUUCUAAAGUGUUUUCUGGCAUUGGAUCUGUAUUGACCCCGGUCGGUUUUCGGACUCCACGACGACAAAACCCCCCAAAACUAUUGUUAUAAAUUCCUAUUGACCUGCAGAGCUACCUGUUAAAGUACUUAAUCGUGCUCAGGAAAUGUAGUUUUUACUCGAGUCGCCUUAAAGCUGCAGGAUGAGCGCUGGUCCACGAUGAGAGAGGAGAUUUGAACAUUAAGGCACCAAACAGUUUGUGGGAGCUUUGAGUUGGAUACAACAAGAAAACCUGCAGUUCACAGGCAGAUGGAUCAAUAAACCAAGUUUCCAUAUUCAAUCAUUAGUUGUAUUGAACGAUGGAAGGAAGUCGAUUAAUUGAUAAAUUAAUAAUUAAAGACUGAAUAAGGAAAUAUAAUUAUUAAUUAUUCUUUCUGAAACAAAGUAAAUAAUAUAAAUUAACUGACUCUUACUAAGCCCCGCCCCUUUUUGCUCUGUGCUCCAAUCACAGUUGAGCAUAUGCGAUUCUAUAAAAGACGUAAAUAUAGCCACAUCUUACGUUAGCUAACGUUAGCCAGCUAGCUAUAUCUGAAAGCUAAUCUAAAUAAAUUAGUUAGCUUAGUUUCGCUAACAUUAGCUAACUUAAGAUGUGAUUAUAUAUUUACGUCUUUUAUCUUCGAACCGUUUUCAUAAUGAGGUCAUCUUUCCAACAUAGAUUAGCCUAGCGUAGCAUAUCUGAGUACAGGAAAGGAGGAAGUUGAUCACGGCUUGCUCAACUCUGAUUGGAGCACAGAGCAAAAGAGGCGGGGCUUAGGAAGGGUCAAGUUUUCUUAAAUCAGUUAAUUGAUUAUAGUUCAGCUCUGUAUGUUUUCAUCCAUCUCCAUAAAAUCAGACGAAGUUCAGACACUCUGAUGUCCAAACUGCCUGAAAGCUUUUAUCUUUUCUUGACGUGUCCAAACGACUCGGUACCGUCGAGUCCGGGACAGAAACCGGUUUGUUUUUACAGAAACGUGUCAGAUGGUUUUUCAGCAGGAAUCAUCUCGAUUACAGACGGCAGUGGUUCUCAACAUGCUCAUCAACAAGACUAAUCAAACAUUAGAGAAGCUUCUGGCAGAGCCGGAUACCCAGUCCGGGACCGGGACCGGACCGGGACCCUCAGAGGGGCUGGAAGGACCCGCUGGGUUAAUGCUGCACCAGUAAAACACAACAGCCUUAAAGGAAUAGUUGGUGAAAUCAUCUCUCUGAAACUAAUGAUUGAUUCCACCUUAAAUGUGAAGCUGCAGUUGGUUAGCUUAGCUUAGCAUAUAGACUGGAAACCGGGGGGGGGCACUAGCCUGUUAAUCUGUACAAAGAACUGUAUUUUAUUCCCUUUGAACAGAACCAGGCUAGCUGGUUCCCCAAGUUUCCAGUCCUUAUGCUAAGCUAACUCCCAUAUUUGUCCCUUUCAAGUCUUUAUGCUAAGCUAAUGUGCCUGUUUCCUCUUGUUUCCAGUCUCUAUGCUAACAAAGCUGUAUCUUCAUGUCGUCUUUAUGCUAAGCUAACAUAGCCGUUUCCCCAUGUUCCAGUCUUUACGCUAAGCUAAUGUAGCUGUUCCCCCUGUGUCCAGGUUUUAUGCUAAGCUAACUCAUCUGUUUCCCCAUGUCCAGUCUUUUAUGCUAAGCUAAUAUCCCUAUGCUAAGCUACCAGCUGCUGGCUGUAGCUUUAUAGUUAGCGUACUGAGUGAACUGUUCCUUUAAGACUUUAUGGUACAUUUUACUGAAUCGGGUUCUUUGUAUAGAACCGAUCCACAGACUGGGAGAAGUGGGACAGGUGGGUUCUGCGUACUGGUUUUGGCCCGUUUGAGGUUCCUGUGAGGAAGGUUGAGAACCACUGAGGUGUUUGGAUGUUUGUCGACACACAGAACACUACAUGAUGCAUCAGGAGGCGGAGAGUGGGCGGAGUCCCGUUGGCUCGCCGUCCUCCAGCUUCCUUUAACACUCUGGAGUCACAGCCACUCGUUCUGUGUUUGAACCCAGCAUGGCGUCCUCCUCUGUGGGCCUCAGUGGACUGGGGUUUUUAUUAAGAGCAAAUAAUAAACUGUUGUUCAUUA